GAACUAAAUUCCUCCCUCAUUCCAUCAACCGUUUUCCCUUGUCCUUCAGUUACUUGUUCCCUACGGCCGGUUCUUUUCGGCAUCUUUUUCCUUUUGUUAAAACUCCUUUGGCGCCUUUCCGUUCAAGUGAAGGCGCAUCCUUUCCACAUGAAAGCAGGCUCCUCAAUCGCUUCACCCUAGUCAUUCCUUAUCGCGAAAUCAACGGUUGGCUUGCAUUUGCAUUCCAUUGACGUCGUCGGGAAAGUAACCCCGCAUCCAGCCCAUUUUCGACUCGCCUCAAUCGAUACCCGCUCGGUCUAGAGACUCCACUACAUCAUAGAAGGUCGUCCUUAUACACUCAGAUCUUUUCCCACUAGCCUCGAUCUGCAACUGCAAUGGAUGGCAUUGGGGAUGGCCCUGAUGGCAUGGGCUUCGACAUGCCCAUGCUCAUGAACCAGCAGCACCAGUUUUUCGGCGGCUAUCCUCACGACACUUCGCCGAUCUCCUCCGCGCAUCACAAUGGGGCUUUUCAGGAAGAUGCCUCAAUGGGCAUGGGGGAUGAGACCAACGACGCCAAGAGAAGACGAAUCGCCAGGGCCUGCGAUAUGUGCAGAAAAAAGAAAAUCAAAUGCGAUGGCAAAAUGCCCAAAUGCUCCCACUGCAUCAACUACAAGACCGAUUGUGUCUUCACCCAGGUGGAAAAGAAGCGGAAUCCACCCAAAGGUGCCAAGUACAUUGAAGGUUUGGAAAACCGGUUAGGAAGGAUGGAAUCGCUACUACGCCUUUCGGGCUUGCUCUCGGAGGAAGAUGGAGGAAAGACCGACCUUGGGACCCUAGAACGACGUCUGGCCGAUCGAUCUUUGGCCAACGGUGGGCUGAAUCUCCCUAGAAGCCCAGGAAAAAUCAACACCUCAAACUCCAACAACCAAUCCCAACAAGCUUCCUCGCACCACUCUACCCCUCACAUUGAAUCUCAUUCGAGUCCGCAUACGGCCCCCACAUCCCCGGACUCGUCGAAGGGGUCUGAACCCGAAGUCGAGGGCUUGUCGGACAUGAUGUGCUCGCUCGUGACGAAUAAUUGUGGCGAGACAAGAUAUAUUGGUUCAUCGUCGGGAUUCUCAAUCUUCUCCCCGAAAGGCAUACAGUGGGUGAAUGAGAAGACGGGCGACUCUUCUUUCCAGGAUAUGAUCUCCUCGGCAUAUAUCGACGAUAACAAGUGGAUGUAUUGGAAGCCUGAAAUUUUUAGCGACAUAUUCGCCCGUCGGGUUUUCAAACCCUUGCCUCCGAAGGAAGAGGCACUGUCCUUAUUCCAGGACUUCUUUGCCAACUUCAAUUGCAUGUUUCCGCUUUUCCACGAACCGACUUUCAUGCAUCUAGUAGAGCGGCAAUAUUCCCGAGAUCCGUACGAAGGCUCUGGCUGGUGGGCGAGCAUCAAUGUUGUCCUAGCGAUCGCGCACAGGAUUCGAGUCAUGAAUAACUUAGUGCCACAAGAGGAGGAUAAAAAGGCUUGGCUCUAUCUCAAGAACGCAAUGGCCGUGCUGACUGAGCUCACCAUGCGAAAUACGGACUUGCUGAGCGUUCAGGCCUUGCUGGGAAUGUCACUCUUCUUACAAGGUACCCCCAACCCGCAACCGUCUUUCUUCCUUGUCGCGGCAGCAAUCCGGCUGUCCCACAGCAUAGGGCUGCAUAAACGCGGCUCGGGGUUUGGUUUAAAUCCCGUAGAGGUUGAACAGCGAAAGCGGGUAUUCUGGAUUGCUUAUUUGCUCGACAAAGAUCUAUGUCUCCGUUCCGGCCGCCCACCUGUCCAGGAUGACGAUGACAUGAAUGUUGAAUUACCAAGCGAAGAUCCUCCCGACAACAUUGGUAACGUACCACUAUCAGAUGGGAAGAGCAAGUUCAACCUUUUUCGGUCGAUGUGUCGUUUUGCUACUAUCGGAAGCCGCGUAUACAAGCGAUUAUACUCUGCCAAGGCCUCAAAACAGUCGGAUGGGGAGUUACUGAACACUAUUGGAGAGCUUGACAAAGAACUGGAGGAGUGGAAGGACAGUAUACCACUCGAUUUCCGGCCGGAGAAUGAGAUCAAGGCCACCCAUACGCCAUUGAUUCUACACGUUGUCGUUCUUCAUUUCGCUUACUACAAUUGCUUAACAACGAUCCACCGAAUGUCUGUCCAUCAUGGUUACUGGACAAGCCGUCUAUCCAACUAUGCCAUUCAGGGUCUCAAUGCACGGCCCUUGAACCCCAGGGUAUUCUUGUCGGCGGUUCUUUGCGUGACUGCUGCUCGGGCGUCCAUCAAUCUUAUCAAGUACAUCCCGCAAGGCGAUUUCGCCUGUGUCUGGUUGAUACUAUACUAUCCAGUCUCAGCACUAGUCACCCUGUUCGCUAAUAUCCUUCAAAAUCCCAACGAUGCGCGAGCGCGAUCGGAUGUGAAGCUGAUGAACGUGGUGGUCAAUUUCCUGUCGACGCUGGUUUCCGAUGAAUCAAACGGAAGUAUCAAACGCAUGCUCAGUCUCUGUGGGGAGUUUGAACGGAUCGCGCAGGUGGUCCUAGACAAGGCAGAAAGGGAGUCCCAUUCAAAGAAAAAGCGCAAGGCCACCUCCGAUGACCCUCAGAACGCGCAGCAACGAGAGACAUCAAACGGAAACCAAUCUCCUACGACCCCCGCCACGAGAUCAUCAGAUGCGCCCUCGUCUGCCAGAACAGCAGUGCCCCUUGCGUCGGCGUCCUUCCCAACGGCACAGAACAACCAGCCCACGGGCAGCGCACCGACUGCGGCGCGCAGCUUCGUUCCCGACCAAGCCUUCCCCACAGCCGGUGGCGGUCUGCCUCCGAAUCUUCAAGAAACUAUACAUAGCCUUACAGGUCUUGGCCCUGACUUUGAGAUGCUCAGCCCGCAUAAUCUGGACGGCGUGCGGUUCGGCGAGCAAGCGCCCUUCACGUCGACAACCGCCGACAACCCUCUCUCGUCCUUUCAACAACCAUUCGUUCCACAAGAUCUGUGGCAGAUGCCGAUGACCAUCGAAUGGGAUUGGGCCGACAUGUCGAACAAUUUCCCGGUCUUUGGUGAUACCAGCGGCCCCAAUGGCGGGCCUCCGAAUGAGUCGUGAUGGACGCCUACACAACACACGGGGCGAACGGGUCGCACAAGGGACGGGAAGGGAUGCGGAACGGGUACAUGCAUGCGUAACGACUACCUUUGAUUUGUCUUCUUUCUGAUUUAUUCUCAACGUUUACAUUCAUCUCAUACUGGAGUUCCACGGAGUCGCGAGGGAUAGGGCCGAAUUUGAUCCGAGACACAUACUCAGGGGAAGGGGGAGCUGUAGGACAUUGUGCUUCUGGA